AUGUUUGAGGAGACUCUGAAAGCGUUUCAGGAGCAGAUAGAGCACUCCAAACAGGAGAAUGUUUACCUCAAAAAACUGCUGACUGAAAUCAGCUACCAUCCACCAGAUGCAAAAACCAACCAAGCAGAUACAUGUUCUCCAGAGCAGCAGAACUCCAUCCAAGCACCACUGGAUUCCCACACCUCAGUUUUUCAAGUGAAGCUGGAGCUCAGUACUAUGCAGAAAGAUCCUGAACCACAGCAGCAAUCAUGUGCUACUGUGCCAUGCAGUCCUGUACAUGCUGCAGGAGCAGAAGUGUCCAAGCAGCACAUCAUGGAUGCAAAUGGAAGUCAUGUCGAUAGAGUUCCUGUUAAGCAGCAAAACUCCAGCCAGGGGCCUUUAAACUCGACACACGUGAAGCUGGAAAAAGAGAAGGCCGAGCCACAGGAGCAAUUUAACAAUUCUUCUUUAUUCACUUCUUCUCCUGUAAGGACUGCCAGUAGAGUGAAGAGACCUUACCCUUGCUCAGUUAAAUCCCCAAAUAUUCAGGAAAAAAACGACGACUGUUUACCAGAGGACUCGGAUGUGCUAAACAUUUCAGAAAGUCUAAAUCAUCAGGUCUUUAUAAAAGAAGAACCAGUUUCCCCUUCAUGUUCAGAACAUGUGAAAUCACUCCAAACAGUUUGCAGCUCAUUUUACUGCCACAUGUGCAAAAUGUAUUUUGAAAACCAAAUGCUUUUAACAAAGCACAUGCUACUACACCAGAACAAAAGCUCCAACUGUUGCCAACUGUGUGGGAAGUGCUACAGCACCCCCCACGUCCUCAAAAUUCACCUUCGGACUCAUACAGGAGAGAGACCAUAUCAGUGCAAGUUCUGCGACAAGACAUUCAGUCAGAAGGGGCACUUGAAAGGGCAUGAAAGGAUGCACACUGGAGAGAAAAUCUACUGCUGUUCUAUAUGUGGGAGAUGCUUCACAUGGAUGAGUCAAGCUAAGGACCACCUACGCUGCCAUCCUGGUCAACUAGGUCGAGUUCUUACAAAAAAGUAAAUGAUGGCAGGGGGGUAAACACAGCAUGAGUAUUGCAGGCUUAGAAUUUAAUAGAAGUAUAUUUGUUUAAAUAUAACUAUUUGAGGAUCAUUCAUUCAUUCAUUGUCUGUUGUACCAUUGCUGUAUCUUAUUCAGGGUCGCAGUGGGUGUGGCUGGGCAAAAGGCAGGAAACUCACUGGACAGGUUGCCAGUCCAUCACAGGGCAAACACACACAUUCACACCUAGGGCAGUUUUGCAUGUUUUUGGACUUUGGCAGGAACCCGGCGGAUCCAUAGGAAACACACACACAGGGAACACAGAAAGGAA